AUGGAGAAUUCUGCUGACAGCUUUGAGUAUCUGCUCCAUCUUACCAAGGGACUCAGUACAGAAUGCAGGUCAACAAGGCAAGGGACCGAGAGGAUUGAACAUCUCGUUAAGAGAUUGGCGAAACUUACUCAAACGUCCUACGAGGAGCUGUCAAAGAACCCGGGGCCACAAGUGUUACAAAAAUACAGGGAGCUGGGCAGGGAAAGCGAAAGAGACCGGCUAGAACGAGAGAACUAUGCGCUAAUCUACCAAAUUGAACGGCAGGAGUACGUUUGCCGGCGAAUCUGGAGCCUUAUCGACCAGGUCGAGGACUUACUUGAAUCCAUCAAGAAGUUUGUCGUGGAACAGCAAGGCCACAGGUUACGCACCGAGAACGAGUUUCUGGAGACCGUUGUGCAUUCGCGCAUGGCAAAUCUGCAGGUUAACACAGAGGACCUGGUCGAAGCUAAGAAUGCGUCUCGUACUAAGCUUGACCUGCUAACACGAGAGCUCAAAGAUUUAUGCAAGCAAAUUGAUUGGAAUAAGAUGUCAGAUUCUGAGGAUGCUACACUCCUUUCACGCAAAGUAUCAGAAGUGGAAAGUAAAUAUAAACUUAAACUAAAAAGUUGA